GUUAAGAAGCACAUUUUAUGGGCAUUUAAAAUACCAUGACGUUAUUCUUUUUCAGUAUGGACGACAGAGCAAUCGAUGGAAUAUUCUUAGGUUGCCUCGACAACCUCCCCCCUGUCAGUUCAAAGAUUGUCAGAAUAUUCACCAGUUCCACCUUCACAGAUAUGUCAAUGGAAAGAAAUGCAUUGAUGGAAGAAGUUUAUCCACGAAUUAAAGACUUUUGCAGAGAGAAACACGGUCUUGAAUUUCAGGUUGUUGAUAUGCGUUGGGGUGUGAGAGAUGAAGCGACCGACGAUCACAUGACUACAGAUUUAUGUAUGCGUGAAAUCGAAAAUUGUCAACGCUUAUCCAUGGGUCCCAACUUUGUGACAUUUCUAGGACAAAAAUAUGGCUAUAGGCCGAUACCAACAAUAAUUGAUGGCAAAGAGUUCCGCAUGAUACACGAUACACUAGGCCUUAUGAACCAGGAUGUAUCGCUUUUGGACAGGUGGUACAGAGAGGACACGAAUGCUGUACCUUCAGUGUUCGUCCUUCAACCAAUCAGUUCUGUUUUAGUGAACUUCAACAAUAAGGUAUUUAAGAUUAUUUUUAGUUAUGCUAACUAAUAUCGAUGGAUUGUUAUAUGUAAAUUUACUCUUUUGAGAUAACUGAA